AUGAAAGCUGAAUGGCAGGAAAGCACUGAGCAAGGUGCUGGAGCAUCAUCAAAGGAGAAGUCAUGUAGCGCAUCUCGAGAACCAGUUGGGAAAGGACAGGUUGAGGAGUCCACAGUACAAGAUGUCAAUGCACAACCGGCAGCCAAGGAAGACUCGAAGCAACGCAAGGAUGACAAGGUUUCUGCUGGUGGAGUUAUACAGGCUGAUGAUCUCUUUUCUCACAUGGUGCACAGUGGAGCCUACGAGGAGAUCAUUGGAAAACCUGCCGUGCGCACACUGCGAAGAUGGUACAAGGAUCUAAAGGACAGGAUUGAAAAUGCGCUAGAUGGAUUGACAAAUGAGAGGCUGAAAGGGAUGAACUUCAAAGUGAGGAGAGAAGAUGUCGAAUGGAGAGAGUCACUUUUCAAAGAAACUAUGGACGAUACUGAUGGUGGGGUGCUUUUGGUCAAGGGUGACAGAUCCUACAAGUGGCCUGCAGAGUCUUUCAACAGAACCUUUUCACAGAUUGUGGAACAGCUCAAGAAGGUCAAACUGCAUCCUGAACGAUACGCCGCACAGCAGGCAAAGAAGGCUACCAAGUAUAAAGCUUCAAAGAAGCAGAACGACAUGGGAGACGAAGGCGUCCGACAUCAGUCAUCAAAAUCCAGAGAUUCAGCCGCGUCCAACCGGACUGAGGGAAUGCAGGUGGCUUCUUGCGAAGAGGGAGCGAUUGGUCAGGGGAACGAACAAGUGGAAGAGUCAGCUCAAAGCCGCUGCGUCAUGAGCUUCUGCUCGGUAAACACCGGUCGGCCAGUCCAUAUGUGUCACGUUUGCCAGAAGCCGGUUCACAACUUGUGCCUCCAGAAGAUGAUGAACGACCUCUUCGGCGUCAAGGAGUACGAUGGGGAGAAUUUCUUCUGCGAAGCACACGCUGCCAGCUCAGGAUUGACAAAGGUUGGAGGGAGCCGGGAGGCAACCUCGUUCACUCCCGCCAGCAAGGCGAGCGGUUCGGCGCCUGUCUGGGAAGCUGCAGUGCCGACAGCAACUCCGGCCGCCGAUCAUCCCCCCUCAGGCUUGUCUGGCAGUCCGGAAAGCAAAUCCGAAAAGCAAGCAGAGCCAAACAAAGGCCUAGAGGAGCAGCCACAGCGGGACGCCAAGGGCAGUCUGCACGUACCAAAAGAACGAAACGAGGAGAAGGGAAGCGGAAAGGGGAAGCGGAUUCGAGAGGAACGGACGGAAGAGAGCGGAAGCGGAAAAGGGAAAGGCGGUGACAAGUCUUCAAAGAAAAAAUCAAAGAGCGACGGGCCAAGUACGAAGCCGAGCAAACCCAAAGAAAACCAGAACGGUAAGAACUCGGAGAUUGAACGGGAGAACGCUGAUAGCAGAAAGGACGAGACGAAAAGCCGCGGAGCCAGUGGGGAAGAAGAAGGGGCCACAAACAAAAAUCAAGGGGCUGGACUUCACCUAGAGCAAGCUGAAAGGAAGGACCCGGAAAAGAACGCAACCGAACCCCAAGAAGAAAGCGGAGCCGGGAACGGAAAAAACGAAGACGAAAUCGCCGCGCGCCCAAAACGGAACGCUGUGAAGCAGCGAAAGAUCCACGAACCGAGACUUUGCAAGGCACUGGGUUGCGAGUGCGAGUUUGGGCUUGCUGGGGAAGCGGGGGAAGCUGCGGAAAAACGGGCGAAGGGUGCAGAUGGAAGAAAGCGGGGCAGAAACGGAACGGCCGGACCAAAGUCCCAGCGACAAAAGAAGGGCGACCCCGAAUGUAGCGAGGAGGAACUGGACCUUGCGGGUGACGUCAUCGAGUCGUCAGAUCCGGAUUCGGACGAAGACCCGGUUUGCGACCUGCCAAUGGGGGGCACAUUUGAGGACAAGGGCGAGAAGAUCGACAAACAUAUGGUCUUCAACUACGAGAUAAUCGCCAUGAAGUACCUGCGCGUGAAGUACAUAUACCAGGUGCUUGACCGGCAGCACGCGGACACGCGCGCGCACCGAGAGAAACUCCGGUCGUCGUGCCCUCUUGAAGUCUGGCCGUUAAUCUUCCUCGGACUUGUCUCUCGGAAGGAAGUCAUCAAGGCAAUCAAUAGCCUCAAGCUUGACAACAUCUCGAAGUCGCCAGAGUUGGAGGACUUCGAUCUGCCGUACCUGCUCAAGCUGCUCAGCGAAGGCGCCAUCGAAGAAAGCCGCGUUUACAUCGCCAACAAGAAGUGGCGCGACGACGGGGCGAAGCUGAGCCCGAACGAGGUCUUCAUCUCUUAG